AUGGGCCACACAUCGACCUAUGAGGCGAUGGCGACUCCGCCACUGCACGCGCCACUGGACGCUGAAGUCAAGUCGGUGCCGCGCAAGCUUGCUCUCGCCGCGCACUGGGUCGCGGGACUGCUCGUGCUCUACGCUAUCUUUGGUACCACGGUCAUCUACAGUCAAACGUCGAUCGACAUUAUGAACAACUUUCUCUGUCCGCUCUUUGGCGUCGACCCGUACAAGUGGCCGAGCGGCCACUACGAGAUGGUGGACGCCGGGUACUUCUUAUUUGCGUCCAUCUUGCCGAUAUUUGUGGCCUUCUUGCUCGUGCGCCUCGUGUCCCACGGCGCGACGUUUCCGAUUUUCCGUGUGUCGUAUGCGCUGCAGCGCAAGCCACGUUUCCUCAACUCGCUCGUGACCUACGGCGAGGCGCUCUUCCUUCUCGUUGUCGUUGGCGGCAACAUCCUCUUCUUCUACUUCUCCUACACGAUCCGUGUCGAGCCCACGAGCACGAACGAGCGACGGCUCGAGGCGGCGGCCGCUGCCUUUGGCUUUUUGACGGCGUACAACAUGGCGUUUCUUGCGCUGCCGGCGUCGCGCCACUGCUUUUGGAUGGAGUGGCUCGGUAUUCCAUACGCCCACGGCAUCAAGUACCAUCGCUGGCUCGGGAUUUUGUCGAUUUUGGCGCUCGUCUUGCACACAAUCGUCUACGUCGUGUCGUAUGCGCGCAAGCACGAGCUCAUGAAGAUGCUACCGUGCUUUGAUUGCGACAUUGGUGACGAAGGCUACGAGAACUGGAUGAUCUCGUUCGGAUGGCUCUCGGGCUUUGCCAUGUUCAUCAUGGGCAUGACGUCGAUCUCGUAUGUGCGCCGACGCUACUACAACGUCUUUUACGUCACGCACUUUCUCUUUAUUCCGGCCACGAUCUUUGCCGCCAUGCAUUGGUCGGGCGUCCUCCUCUUUUGCUUUGUCUCGAUGGUGCUCUACAUUGGCAACCGCAUGAUGUCGUCGGCCACGAUCUCGGCGCCCGUCGUCGUCCGCAAGGCCAUCUCGUACCCGCACCAGGUCACCGAACUCAUCGUCGAGAUUGCGACGCACUACCAGGCCGGCGACGUCGUCUACCUCAAGGUCCCGGCCGUCUCCAAGACGCAGUGGCACCCGUUCAGUGUCGCGUCGACGCCGCUGCACACGCCUGGCACGAUGACGAUUUACCUCAAGAACCUCGGGCGCUGGUCGAGCCAAGUGUUCGAGUACGUCCGUCAGUGCAACGCUGCCCGUAUCGACCCUAUCAUCUACAUGGAUGGCGGCUACGUCUCGCCCGCACUCGUUCCAGCGUCGUUUGAGAAGGUGGUCUUCAUCGGCGGCGGCAUCGGCGUCACCCCGCUCAUGGCCCAGAUCAUGCACGUCUUGUACACGGCGCCGUCGCAGGAAGUCCAUUUGGUCUGGCACGUCCGCGACCUCCGCAUGAUGACGCAGUUCCAGCAGUGGUUCCACGAAGCGACGGGUCUCUCGUCCAACUUGCGCCUCCACCUCUUUGUGACCAAGUCGUCGCCGCCUGAUGACGAGACCGCCGCUUCCUCGACCGCGUUUGACCUCAAGGCGUCCGACAUUCCGCCGCGGCCGUACGCCAACGUGUCGAUGCUCCGCCAGACGCUGCUUUUUGUCAGCGCCUUCCUCGGCGCUGGCAUCCUCUUCGUCGUGGUCCACUAUGGCAACAAGAUUUCGACCAUCAACGCAGCGUACUGGCCGAUUCAGAGCUUCAUGGAGUUUGUGGCGAUCGUCGUUGGGUCGUAUUGGGCCUACGUCGUCGUCUUGAUCAAGCCGUAUACGCCCACACCGGUCGCCAAAUCACCUGUCGACGAGAUGCCCAAGGAGCCGACCAUGUCGGACGAGGCGUUCGUCGAGCGCUAUAGCGUCCAGCGAGGUCGCAUGGACUGGUCCGUCUUCUUUGCGAAUCUUGUGAACGACACGGCAGCGACUGCGCCGACACCGGCGAUCGGUGUCUAUAUCUCUGGCCCCAAGACGCUCUCGCGCGCGAUCGAUGCCCAAGCGCACUCGGCGCAAUUUGCGGUGCACCAUGAAGAGUUUGAGAUGUAGUCGGCGUUCGCCACCGCGCUUUGUUUCUACAGUACAUGCAUAGUAUAAAUUUGCCUUUGAUAAAACCGGAAUCAUUCCAUGGACAA